UAAGAUCCAACAUGGACGGCUUGGCUGGCUAUACUUCAAGCUCGCCUGAAGAUGGAGAAAAAGGCCAAAAAAAUGAACCAAACAAGGCAUUAGAUAAGGCGUAUACACCCCAAACAAUGGAUACAACUCAGUCAUCAGAAGCAAAAAAACGACAGAGAUAUCCUUCUCCAUACUCACCAACAAGCCCUACUAAAAUGGCCAGAACAGACCAGCAUUGUCCUGAAUCACAAGCAACAUUUACUACAGACCCUGGAAAUGAAUCUAAUAAAGAUGCAAACGAUUAUAGAAACAGAAGUCCACACAGUACUAUUUCUAGGUCAACACUUGAUCAACGCCAAACAAGCUCUGGACAUGAAUACAGUCGUGAUGCAGAGCGAAGAGACCGUCAUUCCCAGGGAGAAGAUGGAAGGUUUAGUCCAAGCGGAAGGCGUAGUUCAUCAGGAAGAUACUCGCCUGAUUCAAGAACAGUUGAGAAAUCCCCCGAGAGAUACUCGCCAACAUUUCCAAGCUCUCCAGUAAAAGAUACUCCAGGGACAACCGAUUCAGCAUCAGCUGAUAGAUCCAGGAAGGAUACGCCAACAUACUUCAGAAGUUUACUGAAAUCCCGCUCUAAAAGUCCCGCAAAAUCCCACUCUAGGAGUCCCGUCAGAUCCCGCUCUAGCAGUCCCGUGAAAACUCGCAAUAAGAGUCCUGUGAGGUCCCGUUCUAGGAGUCCCGUGAGGUCCCGCUCUAGGAGUCCCGUCAGAUCUCACUCGAGGAGUCCCGUUAAAUCUCGUACUAGGAGUUCCGUGAGAUCCCGCUCUAGGAGUCCCGUGAGGUCCCGCUCUAGGAGUCCCGUUAGAUCUCACUCGAGGAGUCCCGUGAAAUCCCGCUCUAGAACACCAUCUAGAGAAAGAGAACGAGAAAAAAUUGGAACUUACAGGGACGAGUUUGGUCGAGAUCGUGAACUAGACAGCAACCGUGAUCGAGACAGAAAUCGUGACAGGAAACGUGAAAGAGACCGUGAUAAGGAUCGUGACAAAGAUCUUGAAAAGGAUCGUGACAGAGACCGCGACCGUGAUCGAGACCGUGACAGAGAUCGCGAUAGAGGACGUGACAGAGAUCGUGAUAGAGGCCGUGACAGAGAUCGCGAUAGAGGUCGUGACAGGGAUCGUGACAGAGAUCGUGACAGAGAUCGUGAAAGAGAUCGUGACAGAGAUCGUGACAGAGAUCGUGACAGAGAGCGUUACAGGGGUCGUGACCGUGAACGUUACAGAUCACGCAAUGAUCGUGGCAGACGAGACUCCAGAGGUCAAGAUGAGAGGGAUAGGAGAUAUUCUCUUGAAGAUCGAAUUCCUUCCAGAAUCAAAACACCAGUCGUAAAAGUGCCCAUAGGUCCAACUAGACAGCCGACAUCAGAAGAGGUGCAGGCUAAACUAGCACAACACGCUGAGGCAAUGAAGAAAAAAGCACAGGUAGCAGCACAGGCUAUCAAUAUGCCAGAAUAUCUUAACCCGUCAGUGGUAAACCCACAGCAAUAUGCCAUGCAAGAGCAGAAGAAGAAACUCCUCUGGAGCAGCAAAAAGAAUGAGGGGCCUUCCAACAAGUGGGGACCAGGGAUGCACUUUUCUAACGAUCAAGGUGGCCAAAUGGAAGCCAAAUUCCGUCGAUUGAUGGGCAUCAAAGGCGACAGCUCUGAGUCUACCAGCUCUGAGGGCCCAAUUCAAGGAGCUGAUCUCUUACAAAACCUCGAGGCGGAGUUCGAAAGGUCACGUGCCUUUCAACUUUCACGAGGUGCUGGCGGGAAAAGUGGAAUUGGGCUAGGUUACUCAGGACAGCAAUAUCAAAAUUGACUUGUUACCAUGGUUACCUUGAUAGGAUGUCAAGCACUAAUGAUACUUGGUGCCGCAAAAUUUAGACAAAGCAAUCGAAACACAAGUUUAUACGAUACUGAGAUAUGCGGAGAAGGAUCAAAUGCUUUCCUUGCUUUAGUAUUGUGAAUACGUUAGAACUAUUAACGUGUCUUGCGUUCACAUUAGUAUAGYGUAUUGCCUUAGUAGUAAAUGGAUGUUACAAUUACCUGUUUUUCGUUUUGAGAAUAAGUUUUCUUUCAUUUUAUAUUGUAUUUACUUUUCGUUUACAUCAAGUUGGUAUACGGCGACCAAUUUAAAAGACAAAUGUUUUGGAUUGACUAUCCUCRAAAAUGUUACCGACUGAUUAGGUUUGAUUAACGGCAGCGAAAAAUCGAAUUCAGCGUGCAACUUGGAGACAUAGUUCGCAUGUUUAUGAAAAUUGCAGUAAGCGUCCAUCUUCUUUGUCUUAAAUACUGUUAUCAAAUUAAACUUUCUUUAAUCGAAUGUAAAAAAAAAUAUCUGCAAAAUACUGAUUAUCAGUUCUUUCUGAGUUAAUUUCAUCAAGACGUUUAAUGUUACAGAUAAUGAUCUCAUGAAGAAAUACUCAAAGUUUUCUUUAAAGACUUCUUCACAAUAGUCCCCUUCACAGUUCCCUGCGCCAUCUUGAAAGGUUGCCUUGCCUUUGCAUCGAAGCGAGACGAACGGUGAGCUUGCAAUCAGAUAGAGACAUGUGAAUAAUUGUCCAAGGUGUUUAAAAAAGCCUACCUUUCAAGAAAGUGCUUUUUGUUUCUGGUUGUUUAUAAUACAUCUUUAAAUAUCCUAAGAUGCAUUUACGUAAUCUUCUCAUCAGUCUUCAGCACAAUAUGUACGGUAUCUUACCCCCAUGUUACCCCCAUGUUACCCCCAAACCGCAAUGUAUUAUGGGGAUAUGGAAACUCCUUCAAUAAUAAACAAUUAUUGUAUGACGUUAA